CUUACAACGAACACUUUACCUUUUAUCGUCUCUUAUCCACUCGCCCCCGCGGUACCCCGCCAACACCAUGCCGAUGCUCAAGGAUCCCUCAAGAAAGUAUAAGCCUUUCAAGCCGCUGAAUCUGCCAAAUCGCCAAUGGCCCAACAAAGUUAUUGAUAAGCCUCCUCGCUGGCUGGCGACCGAUCUGCGUGAUGGCAACCAGUCUCUGCCCGACCCAAUGGAUGGCGAACAAAAAUACCGUUUCUUCAAGAUGCUCGUGGAUAUCGGCUACAAGGAAAUUGAAGUGUCCUUCCCGUCCGCAUCCCAGACGGAUUUCGAUUUCACCCGCCGUCUAGUCGAAGAGCCCGGUCUCACACCCGAUGAUGUCGCCCUGCAGGUCCUAGCGCCCUGCCGUGAGGACCUCAUCCGUCGCACAGUCGAUUCCCUGAAGGGCGCCAAGAAGGCUAUUCUCCACAUCUACCUCGCAACGAGUCCCUGUUUCCGUCGGAUCAUCUUCAACAUGGAUCACAAGCAGAGUCUGGAUCUGGCUGUUAAGUGCACAAAGUACGCCCGCUCUAUCACCAAGGACGACCCUUCCCAGGCUGGCACAGAUUGGCAAUUCGAGUUCUCCCCCGAGACUUUCUCCGAUACUGAGCCCGAGUUCGCCGUGGAGGUCUGCCAGGCUGUUAAGGCUGCUUGGGGACCCACGGAGGAUAAGCCCAUUAUUUUCAACCUGCCCGCUACGGUAGAGAUGGCCACCCCCAAUGUCUUUGCUGAUCAGAUUGAGUACUUCUGCACAAACAUGACUGAGCGCGAGAAGUUCGUUGUUUCAGUUCACCCGCAUAACGAUCGUGGCUGUGCUGUUGCUGCAGCUGAACUGGCACAGAUGGCUGGUGCUGAGCGUGUAGAGGGAACUCUGUUCGGUAACGGUGAGCGUACUGGAAACGUGGACCUGGUCACUCUCGCCCUGAACCUGUACACACAAGGUGUCUCACCAGGCGUCGACUUCUCAGACAUCAACUCUGUCAUCAAGGUGGUAGAGGAGAGCAAUAAGAUUCCCGUCAAUGAGCGUGCGCCAUAUGGUGGUCAGCUCGUGGUGUGCGCAUUCUCUGGAAGCCACCAAGAUGCAAUCAAGAAGGGCUUCAAGCUGCGCGAAGAGGGCGAGGGUGCAGACGAGGACACCGAAUGGACAGUCCCGUACCUGCCCCUGGACCCUCAAGAUAUCGGCCGUACCUACGAGGCAGUUAUCCGCGUCAACUCCCAAAGUGGCAAGGGUGGUGCCGCCUGGGUUAUCCUGCGCAGCCUGGAGCUGGAUCUCCCUCGCGCGCUGCAGGUCGAGUUCAGCAAGAUCGUGCAGGAGAAGACCGAGGCUGUCAGCCGGGAGCUGAAGCCUACCGAGAUCGUCAACCUCUUCGAGGAGGCCUACCACCUCAAGUCAAACCCUCGCUUCACCCUUAUCGACUACAUCCCCUGCUCCCCCGAGCCCGGCAAGGCCCUCAACACCAAGAACCUCAAGCGUCGCUUCACCGGUGUUAUCGAGAUCGACAAUAUCCAGCACGCCAUCACCGGUGUUGGCCCAGGUGCUAUCUCCUCCCUGGCUACCGCACUUUCCUCCCUCGGUAUCGAUCUCGAUGUCCGCGACUACAAGGAACACUCCAUUGGUCGCGGUCGUGAUACAAAGGCUGCUACAUACAUUCAGUGCACAGCAGCCGGCAGCAAUCAACAGGUGUGGGGUGUUGGUAUCCACCAAGAUGUGGUCCAGGCCUCUCUGAUUGCGCUGCUCAGCGCCGCCAGCUCGUUCCUCGCCUCCCGUGCUGGCUCUCCUGCUCCUUUCCGUCCCAUCCGCUCCAACACCCUUACAAACGAGGACAUCCAGGCUCUCGAGCAGCUGGCCGGUACUCCCGAGGCUGCCACAUCUAAUGGCGGCCUGAGUGCCAAGGUUAACAUCGAGCAGCUGACAACACAGGCUGGAAAGAUGUAAAUUAAUUUUUUUGGAAAAAAAAGCCAAUGCCUAAAAGUGAUAGC